GUUGGCACACACGAUGGCCGCGAGCAUCAGGCCGGUAUAGCUGAGUCGUGACGAGGCCGGGAUGGGUGACAUGUCAUCCUGAUCGGCCGUGGGAGCGGUUGAUUCCUCUGUCAUACAUAUACGAGGCUCUUCCAGCCUCUGAAGUACCUUGGCAGCACAUUCGAUCGCUCAAUAGCACCAUACUUCGCCAUGAACCAACUUGGUCCCAACACGAAGCCCAUUCAGCUCUUUUCUCGUCCCAACGUCCAACGGGAUCAUAUCGACUAUGGCUCAUUGAAGACAUUCCAGACUUUUACUGCUGAAGACAUCGCCAAAGAUGGAACGACGUUCGGUUGCCUGUGCGUCUUUGCUGAGGAUUAUGUGGCGGCACCAGCUCGCUGUGGCCUGCAGCCGCACGGUGAACUAGAGAUGAUGACCUACAUCGUUUCGGGGGAACUUCGACGCUCGGAGGCUUCGGGCGACGUCGAUGUUUUGAAGAGUGGGGAUAUGCUUGUGUGCUCUGCUUCAAGGGGCAUUUGGUACGAAGAGAAUGGGAAUAAGAGUCAGGACGUCCAUCUCAUCCGGAUUUGGAGCAAACCAGGUUCUUGCGAUCCUUCUCCGAAGUCACAACGCCGACACUAUUCUGCAGCCGAGAAACGUGAUAAAUUGCUUCAGGUCAUCUCACCUGCACGUCAGACUUCAACAACAACGAAAUCUGUGCCGGCCCAGUCCUCUUUGUCCGUCUAUACUUCGCUGCUCUCCACGGGAUUGAGACUUCGCCACAACUUUGAUUGCGAAGAGAAGAAGGCUUGUAAAGUCUACGUGCAUGUAGUGCAGUCAUCGGGAUACAACCCAGGUGUAGCAAAGGGUGCAUCGGUCAAAGUCUCUGUGUCGGGCGGGUAUGAUUCAAAGGGGAGCACAGCUCGAGAGGGUGAGGUAUUGCUUCGAGAGGGAGACGGUGCCUGUCUAGUUAGCAACAUCGGUGCAGAGCUGACAUUCGAGAACAUUGGGGAUCGGGAUGCCGAGGUGUUCGUUCUGCGAGUGAGUUGAGCUGGUCUUGGCAUGUUGGUGUACGAUUACCCUACUGUACGAUAGCGAUUGCUCCCUAGUAUUGCACGAAGUCGCAUUCCCGCCCGAACUAUAGCUUCCAUCCUGUAUUUAAUUAGGCAUAGUCAACUGACACGCAUGGAGGUGUGGAUGAAGAGCGGACAGCCGUGUAAUGCAGAAGUGUGCUGCCCCUGCGAUUGCGACCGUAACAGAACGAGAACUCAUCUAAGCAUCCAAGUGAAAUACAGACUAAAUACAAACAAAUAGAGCAAGAAUCAAAUACAAUGCGAUAGACUAAGUAAACCUAACUAAAACCCAAUGUAGAACGAGAUCUAAAAAUUUGAGUUCACGCACUUGCCGCGUCCCCUCUCCCAUUCCCUUGGCCAGCAUUGACACUGUCACCCUCCACAUCCCCUAAACGCAACUGACUAAACCUCGGAAUAUUACCUACCUUCUCCUCCACAUCACUGUACCACUUCUGCAACUGCUCCCUACAGCACUCCUUUGCGCAAUGCGGCUUCAUCAGUGCGACCAACUCCUUAAGUCGCUCCGCCAUCAGGUUCUCUGGUUUGCCCCCGAGAGCGCGAAGGAUCAUGGCACAGGCGUUGAGCCAAUCCGUAUCACAGACCGUCCAUUUGCGAGUGUCAUGCUCAAAGUGUGUGGUUUCCGUCAAAGCGGUGGCAUAUUGAAGGGUCAGCAGCCAGUGUUCUUGGUACUUGACCCAAAGGGAAAAUGUUUCGUACGAAAGGGCCUUCAUUACCUGCGAGACUGGCAUGCCAAUUGCGAGAGGGGCCGCUUCGUCCGCUAACGCGCAGUAAUCAUGUCGUGUGGCGUAUUCGAGAACUUCGAGAGGUUGGCGUUUCAAGGCAUUCCUCAUGUGUAUCCUGCACACCUCCAUCGCCGCAUAAACCUGAUAUUUCUCCGCCGCUUCUGCCAAUUUCGCCAGUUCUUCAUACCCGACUCCAUCCAGACAUGGAUAUGAUCGUGGGUAUACGUGCUGGAACAAAAGAUCUAAUGUGUGCGUGGUCUCCGAGAGGGGUAUAAGCUCAUGUGACUUUGGAAGGUCGAGGGAGGAGGGAGGGAAUCCUUCGGCGUGAGAGUCCAAGUGUGCACGGUGCACUCGGAAGAUGACUUUGUCGGAAGAGAGAAAGGAUAUGUCUGCAUCCGGAGAAUUGAAUCGACCAGAGACCUGAGCAGAGUCAACUUCGAACUCACGCAUCGUGUUUUCGCGGAGGGGACACUGUGAGGGGUAUAUGGUCGGCGAGAUGGCAGUCAGCAGAAGACGGCCCUGCAAUGCCUCUGGAAUAUAAAGGCAUCCGAGCGAUACGCUCGCGUAGCUCGUUGC